UCGUGACUGCUGUUGUUGACAGCAGUAAACCCGCUAUUUGAUGUUGUAUGUUCGUGCUUUAAAGACUUAUGUUAACUAACUGAUUACACCGACGUGUUAUUUUGGACGUAACUAAUCGUUUUGCGGUCUUGGUCAUUCAUUUAUUCCGGUAACUUUGCGACGUAACCUAGCAUUGGAUGUUAGCAUGUAGCCUUAUGGAGGAAAUCAGCUAAUUAGGACGCCAAACUCAUUUUAAGCUGAUCUCAGAGUUUGCUGCGGUAAACUUUGAACGUCAGGUUUUACUAUAGUCUGGUGCUUACAACUGGUUGGGAUAACAAUCAAAGCUAGAUGGCAGUAGAGUUGGACGUUUUCGUGGGUAACACCACUAUCAUGGAUGAGGAGGUCUAUCAGUUCUGGUUGGAUGGAUACACAGUGAAUGAUGCAGUGAAGGUACGAAUGGAAGGAGGCGUACUGGAGGAGUGUGACGCGAGUUCAGAUGUUCUGCUGAGCGACACCAUGGACCAGUACAGGACUUUUCAGAUGUGUGAGCGUCUGCUGCACAGUCCGUCCAAACUAGGCAAUCAACUUCUGUUCCAGAUCCCACCUCAUCGACAAGCCAUGCUCAUAGAGAGAUACUAUGCCUUUGAUGAUGCAUUUGUCCGUGAGGUCCUUGGAAAGAAACUCUCAAAAGGAACUAAGAAAGACUUGGACGAUAUCAGUGCCAAGACAAAUGUGACGCUGAAAAGUUGCAGACGACAGUUUGACAACUUCAAGCGUGUUUUCAAAGUUGUGGAAGAGCUGAAGGGACCCCUGGUGGAGAACAUACGUCAGCAUUUUCUACUUUCUGACAAGCUUGCAAGGGAUUACGCUGCUAUUGUUUUCUUUGCCAACAAUCGCUUUGAGACUGGGAAAAGAAAGUUGCAGUAUCUCACUUUCCAGGAUUUUGCUUUCUGUGCUGGGCUGCUUAUCAACAACUGGACAGUUGGGGCAGUCGACAACAUGGUGGAAGACAUGGACGUGGAUCUUGAUAAAGAGUUCUUACAAGAGCUGAAAGAGCUGAAGAUUUUAAUCACUGACAAAGAUCUGCUGGAUCAACACAAAAGUCUGGUCUGUACAGCCCUCAGGGGAAAAACUAAAACUUUUAACGAGAUGGAGGCUAAUUUCAAGAAUCUUUCCAGAGGCCUCGUCAACAUUGCAGCAAAGUUAACAAACACAAAAGACGUCAGAGAUUUCUUCAUCGAUCUCGUUGAGAAGUUUAUUGAGCCAUGCCGUUCAGACAGAUGGACAGCUGCGGACAUGAAACUCUACCUCACUCACUACACCAACUCUGCGCACAUACUGGACACAUUCAAACAUCAGGUUGUGUGGGACAGAUACAUGGGUGUCAUCAAAAGCUGUAUCUUCAAAAUGUACCACGACUGAAGGGAUUUCUUCUCGGCUCACUACUCGUCUUCUCUGCUUCCCCCUUGAUUUGUUUUGUACACCCCCCCCCCCCCCGCAGAAGCUGUUAUGUUAGCCCCUUAGUGCUCCACGAUCUCUGUUCCCCUGUUUGUGACUUCUCUCUCAGUAUCUGUAAAUCUGUUUUUGUAAAUAAAAUGAAU